AGCCAUAUUUUCUUCAACAGAAAUAUAGCUACACUACAUCUUUCAAAUGACAAUCAAAAAAAGCCUUAUCCGAUGACUCUCUCACUCGCUCAUUCUCUCCCCUUCUCCAUCUCUCACUCGCAUUUAACUCUCUCUUCCCAAAAAAGUUUUUCCGUCAGAUUCAAACUUCAAGCGCAACAACUUUCUUCUAAUCCCAAAUCUUCAAAUUCUCAAUCUCUGUCUAGCCAAAAAACCGGAGUCAUUAUCAUCGGAGCCGGCCUUGCAGGUCUAGCCGCAGCAAUUCGGCUUAAUUCAGAAAACAUUCCUUUCCUACUCUUGGAAGCUUCUGAUCAAGUUGGUGGUCGCGUUCGAACUGACUAUGUGGACGGGUUUCUCCUUGACCGAGGCUUCCAAAUCUUCAUCACAGCCUAUCCGGAAGCUCGAAAAGUUCUCAAUUUUCAAGCAUUAGAGUUGCAGAAAUUUUACUCCGGUGCUAGGAUUUACGUGGAUGGUCAGUUCCACACCGUGGCUGAUCCUUUGCGCCACUUUUGGGACUCUGUAAAAUCCUUAACUAAUCCAAUUGGAUCUAUUACUGAUAAAUUACUCAUUGCAUCAACCAGGAUUAAUGUUUUGACAAAAUCUGAUAAAGAAAUUCUUUCUGCUAAUGAGGUUACCACCAUUGAUCUGCUCAGGAACAUUGGGUUUUCGGAUUCCAUGAUUAACCGGUUUUUCAGGCCAUUCUUUGGCGGGAUAUUCUUUGAUAAAGAUCUUCAAACUACCUCUAGAUUGUUCGAUUUCAUCUUCAAGUGUCUAGCUCUCGGCGACAAUACCCUUCCUGCCAAGGGAAUCGGCGCCAUUCCAAAUCAACUCGCCGCUAAGUUGCCGCCAGACUCCAUUAUCUUCAAUGCUAGAGUAGAUUCUAUUGACUUCCACGAACCAAACACGAAACCCAGUGUGAGAUUGAAAGAUGGAGAAAUUUUACAAAGUGAGAUUGGAGUAAUUUUGGCCGUUGAAGAACCAGAAGUGGAUAGGCUUUUAGCGGGACGGAACAUCAAAUUACCAGUUAAGAGAAAACCGCCUCGCAGUACCGUUUGUAUAUAUUUCUCAGCUGACCGGAACAGCAUUCCGGUAGAGGAUCCAGUCCUGUUUCUCAAUGGUUCAGGGAAAGGAAUCGUAAACAACAUGUUUUUUGCAACCAACGUGGCUCCAUCGUAUGGCCCGCCUGGGAAGGUAUUAGUAUCAGUGUCGUUGAUAGGAUUGUUCGAGGAUAUUUCUGAUGAUGAUCUGACGGCUAAGGUUGUCAGGGAGCUUUCCGGUUGGUUUGGAAGUUCAAUGGUGGAAUCAUGGAAAUAUUUGAGAACAUACAGGAUUGAAUUUGCACAGCCAAACCAAUGCCCACCAACUGAUUUGAUGAAAAAAUCUCAGGUGGCGUCAGGUUUAUAUUUGUGCGGUGAUUAUAUGACUUCUGCUACUUUUGAUGGUGCUUUGGUCUCUGGAAGAAAAGCAGUGGAGGCUUUACUGGCGGACACAGCAUUAACUCGAGUUUAAUUAUACUAAUAUUUAUUUGGCUAUUUGCUUUUGUUCAAAUCUUUUUUUUUUUUUUUUAAUUUUUUAGUUUCAAGUCAUAUAAUAUCAUCUGCUUAAUUUUAUUUGGGAUUUUUUAGUGAAAUGUGUAUAAAUUUGCCAAAUUUACACAUUUUUUAAA